ACUCCCACCGCCUCUGCGCCUGCCCCUCGACCCCCGCCUUGGCAACCACUUCAUCAUGGCUUCCGCCGUGUUCUUUCUCGACUUGAAGGGCAAGGUGCGCAUGACGAAGCCCAUACGAAACUUUAGACACUCUAAAAUGCUGAUAAUGGCUUGCGAUAGACCCUUCUUGCACGAAACUACCGUGGUGACAUUCCCAUGUCAGCUGUCGAGAAGUUCCCCGUCCUUCUCAGCGAAGCAGAAGAAGAAUCAUCAGCUGUUCCUCCAUGCUUCUCACACGAGGGUAUCAACUACCUUUACAUCCGACACAACAACCUAUACCUUCUUGCCCUGACGAAACGAAACACCAACGCUGCCGAGAUCCUUCUAUUCCUUCACAAGAUUGUUGAAGUCUUCACCGAAUACUUCAAGGCCCUUGAGGAAGAGUCCAUUCGCGACAACUUUGUCAUCAUCUACGAGCUUCUCGACGAGAUGAUGGACUUUGGCUAUCCCCAGACUACCGAGUCCAAGAUCCUCCAGGAGUACAUUACCCAAGAAUCCCACAAGCUCGAGAUCCAGGCUCGCCCGCCCAUCGCCGUUACAAACGCCGUCUCAUGGCGUUCCGAGGGCAUUCGCUACCGCAAGAACGAGGUCUUCCUCGACGUCGUCGAGAGUCUCAACCUUCUCGUCAGCGCCAACGGCAAUGUCCUGCGCAGUGAGAUCCUGGGCGCCAUCAAGAUGAAGUGCUACCUCAGCGGUAUGCCCGAGCUUCGCCUGGGCCUGAAUGACAAGGUCAUGUUCGAGACAACGGGCCGGACGACACGCGGCAAGGCCAUUGAGAUGGAGGACGUGAAAUUCCACCAGUGCGUGCGGCUGUCACGCUUCGAAAACGAUAGGACCAUUUCCUUCAUCCCUCCGGACGGCGAGUUCGAGCUUAUGAGUUACCGCCUCAACACCCAGGUCAAACCCCUGAUUUGGGUCGAAUGUGUUGUCGAGAGCCACAGCGGGUCGCGAGUUGAGUACAUGCUCAAGGCCAGAUCGCAAUUCAAGAGGAGGAGUACGGCCAACAACGUCGAAAUUAUCGUUCCAGUCCCCGAUGAUGCCGACACUCCCCGCUUCCGAACCAACAUAGGCGCCGUUCACUACGCCCCUGAGCAGAGCGCCAUCGUGUGGAAGAUUAAGCAGUUUGGUGGCAAUAAAGAGUUCCUGAUGAGGGCAGAGCUGGGACUGCCCUCGGUACGAGGCGACGAUGAACAUGGUGGUGGUAUGACUGGUGGUUUCGGUGGUAGUAUGGGUGGCGUUGGUGCGCCUGGCAAGGGCGCCAAGAGGCCAAUCCAGGUCAAGUUUGAGAUCCCCUAUUUCACGACGAGUGGUAUCCAAGUGCGUUACCUCAAGAUUACAGAGCCAAAGGUAAGCCUUUCCCCCUUCGAGAAGUUUGAGGGGCCGUCAUUUGCUAAAUCUUGACAGCUGCAAUAUCCCUCGUUACCUUGGGUCAGAUACAUCACCCAGUCAGGAGACAUAGCUGUGAGGUUGCCUGACGCGGU